GUUUUUAGAUUGUUUGCGAUUGAUUUUAUUUUACAAUCGCGGUGUUAAUUUCUUUUUGGCCAAAAUAUUUUAGGAAAACAAUGUCACAAACGAAAUUUGAUAAAUUUCGAAAUGGAAAUAUUUUCAGUGAUGCAUCACUGCAUCUAUCUUGUGGAACAAUUUUACCAAUUCAUCGUGUUGUUUUGGGUGCUAAAAGUAAAUAUUUUGAAGCUCUAUUCACUAAUCCAAUUCAACCUGAUGGUAAUGGGAAAAAUCAUGAGUAUUUAAUUCCUGGAAUCAGAAAGGAAAUUAUGGAGAAAAUCCUACAAUAUCUUUAUACAGAAGAAAUUGAUUUGUCAUUUGAUGAAAUCUUCGAAUUACUCACAAUAUCUGAUUACUUUCUCAUUGAUGAUCUAACGGAAAAAUGCAGAGAUUUCAUCAUAAAUUCACUUAAUCCGGAAAAUUGUGUGAAAAUCCUACUAUUUGGUGAAUCGAGAUUCCAUAGAAACAUUAUGGAGUCUGCUUUGAAAUAUAUUCUUCGGAAUUUUCUCCAAGUAAUGGCUUUAUGUUCUGAUUUGAACAAUCUCGACUUUGAGCAUUUCUACAAAAUUGUCUCAAGCGACUUGCUGAAUGUGAAAGAUGAAUUGUCUGUGUGGAAUGCGUGUCUCAACUGGAUCAAUAAUUCACAGGAUGAUAGGAAAAAACUCAUUCAUCACCUUUUGCAACUCGUACGAAUGGGUCUUAUGAAUAUUGAAGAUUUUCGGGUACACAUUGAGCACCAUCCAUUCAUUGUGGGGUGUAGUGAGGCUCAAUUACUUGUUGAGAAGGUGCUCAAGUUUCUCAUCAAUGCGGAAUUGUCGCAUGAAAUUCUUCAGUACAAAUUGGCUUUGCCAAGAUUGCCACAUGAAGUGAUUUUUACUUUGGGUGGCUGGAGUGAGGGUUCGGCCAAGAUGGAAAUUGAGACGUAUGACACGAGGGCAGAUCGAUGGAUACGUAUUAAGAAUGAGGAUCCAUUUGGGCCACGUGCAUAUCAUGGGAGUAUAGCAAUUGGGGGGAAAAUCUAUUGUAUUGGGGGAUUCAAUGGUCGUGAGUAUUUCAACAAUUGUCGCAUAUUUGACACAGUGACGAGAGAAUGGUACCCGAUGGCGCCAAUGAAUGUACGUCGUUGUUACGUGAGUGUAGCCCUUUUGGAUGGCUACAUUUAUGCUCUAGGAGGUUAUGAUGGGAGCGUGAGGCAACGUAGUUGCGAAAAAUAUGACUUUAAGACAAAUCAGUGGACAAUGAUUGCUCAAAUGAAUGCUCAACGAUCCGAUGCUUGUGCCUGCGUAGUUGAUGGAAAAAUCUACAUUUUGGGAGGAUUCAAUGGGCAAGAAUGUAUGAAUACGGCUGAAGUUUAUGACUCAAUUAAUAAUGUUUGGACCCUUCUACCGCAAAUGAUACAGCGUCGAUCGGGUCUCAAGUGUAUUGGGUAUCAAGGUAAAAUCUAUGCAAUUGGAGGUUUCAAUGGACUUGUACGUUUGAAACAUUGUGAACUAUAUAAUCCUGUGUCUGAACAGUGGAUUUCUAUUGCACAAAUGAUCAAUCCUCGUAGCAAUUUUGCUAUUGAAAUUAUUGAUGAUAUGAUUUUUGCCAUGGCUGGAUUUAAUGGUACAUUCACAAUAGCCGAUGUUGAAUGCUAUGUGCCAGAAACAGAUGAAUGGAUGAUGGCCACAAGUAUGAAUGUCGUAAGGUCUGCACUCACAGCCAAUAUAAUUAGGAAUACACCAAAUAUUCAGGAUUAUCUCUAUCCAUGUCGGGCCGAAUUGAUUGAGGAGCGUCGUCAAAUGUCUGUUGAAUUAUCUGAUAAUGAAAAUGAACAGGAAUGAAUGGUCAAAAAGGGAAUUUUGGGAGCGUCAUAAAAAAGAAAUUGUAUGAAAUUCCAGUAUUUAUUGAUCACAUUUUGCAAAUUUAACACUAUAGGACAAGUCAAUGGAAAUUUAUUCUGAAUGCAAAUACGAUGAAGUAACCAAUCGGGGAAGAAAUUGUACAAAUAGAACCAUAUACGUGUAUACAAAUAUUUACCGAACGAAGUGGUUUGAAGUCAAUUGUGAAGAGCUCCAUGGCUUGAAAUAUCACUGGUUCUUGGACUAUUUGCAGUGAGAAAUUGAUGAGUGUUUCCGAAAUUUUGCUAUCAUACACUGUAAAUUUGACACGAUGUAACCAAAUUGAGAUACUCUGUAUCUGGAAGAUAAUUUAAAAAAAAAAAAUGAAAAUUGAAUUGAAAA